AGCAAGGCAUGGAGGCAAAUCUCACCUUUCCGACUGCACAUGAAUGCACCAAAAGUUCGAAAAGUAUGGCGGUGGCGAGUUUGACAGCAAUAACAGAGCAGUGGAUACGAGAUAGGUUACAAUUACAACAUCCAUGUCUCGGUGAUGUCCGCUCACUGAGCCUUCCGGGGACGUUUGAGGUGAAGAUCAGACAUCUCGGGAACGCUUUGAAUAACUUUGUUCGCCUGAAGUCUCUCGACCUCUCCUGCAAUGCACUGACCUCCAUUAAGGGAGUUCAACACUUGAAGUCAUUGGAGAGGCUUAUCCUGUACUACAACUGCAUACCCUCCCUUGAAGAGGUAAAAGUGCUAUUUGAGCUUCCAGCUUUAAAAGAGCUGGACCUCCGACUCAACCCUCUAGUCAAAAGUUACCCGGACUACCGCUCUUAUCUGGUGCAUGCCAUGCCUAGCCUACGCAAGCUGGACAGCUGCUCAGUCAGAGACACUGAGCGCAAAGUUGCCAUAAUGCAGUUCUCCUCUGACCGUGUACCUCGGAAGUCAAGCUCCUUUCUCAGUCAGAUUGGAGACCAAAGAAGAAGUCAUCAGCGACUGGCCUUGGUCGACCGCUUAACUAAGAGGCUCUCCCUCCCGACUGACACUGAUGAUAUCAUUCUAAACUUUGUUGACAUGAAUCAUAGCCACCAGAAAGAAAUGGUCGCUGACUCUGUUAACAAGGAUGCAAAAGAGCGCAAAGAGGGAGAAUCGAAAGAUUUUGCAGAACAGAGAAGUUCUACUCCAAUGCAGGAAUGUGCUAAGUCCAUCCUCAGGUAUCCAGCUACAAAGUCUGAUAAGGCUGAGUCCAAAGGGCCACACACAAAAGAGCCGGCUCAUAAAUCAAGCUCUGCCUCAUUUAAAGAAACUGAAAGGCUGAAGGUGUCUUUUGGCCCAUACGUAGAGAAACGUAGACCUGUGUCUGGAAAACAAAAGCAAAAGGACGUCCCCUGUCAAAUCAGGCAUGUAGCCAAAGGAAAUUUUACACCCAAUCCUGGAAGUUACUAUAACAGUUCUUCAUUUAAUAAUAUCCGACCUCCCAGUCCACGUCGUCCGGGUUUGAAUCUUUCUGACCCAUCCAACCCCAUCUUACAUCCACCAAGACUGACAUACUCCAGUUUUAACAAGACAGAGGGGAGCUCUACCCUGCCACAGCAAGCAGAAAAGAAAAAAAAGGGUAGUUACAGGAAGCCCCUGGAGAUGCUCCUCAACCUUGUGGACAAACACUGGAUGGGAGAAAGAUCGCUGCAUCAUAACAACAACUUCCUAUCUCAAGCAGUCCAGAUCCUCUCUAUGAUGGAAAGUGAUAUUUCCUGCCGCGAGGCUGAGGUCAAGACCUUAAGACGGGAAGUCGAUGUGCUGAGCUUCCAAGCAGCUGCACGGGAGGAAGAACACAAAACUGAAGUUCGUAAUCUCUCUGCUCAUCUCGAGGAUGCUCGUAGUGGAGUUGGUAAACUAAAUGAACAGCUCAGGAUUGUGUUGGAGGAGAAUGUGGCUUUACAGAAACAGCUCAUAAAGUUAGAGCGACAGUAUCUCAGGUCUAUGAUGAAAAGUUCCCCAAUUACUCAGAUUAAAGAGGCUCAGACUGAAGUGGAGGAGCUGAGGAAAGAGAUCGAGGGACUGAGAGAGAAAGUGCAAGAGGCUGAGAAAGUCAAGGAGCUGUCAAAUAUGCUGCAAGAAAGCCACAGGUCUCUGGUGGCCACCAACGAGUGUUUACUGACGGAGCUGAAGGGAAGUGGGGAGCACUAAAGAAAUUAAAAUGAGGAGUUGCACAGAGGCAUGAAAAUGUCAAAGCAAGACAAACCAGCAUAAGCUUUGCAGUGGAUGCGCUGCAGCCCAGCAGCGAGACUGCUUUGCAUUCAUUUUUACCUUAUUCACAUUACUGUGGUGUUCAUUUUAAAUGAGUGUGUAUUGGACUGCUGGCCUCUUUGAUGAAUGCAUUGUUUGUUAUUUUUAAAAAUAUGUAUAGGCUGUGUUUGCUUUAUGUAAACCGUAAUAGGGAAAGGCUAUUCAUUUAAGCACGGCUGUGUAUAUGUAUGUGACAUCGCUGCUAUGUUAACAAAUGAUUUUAGGAGAAGAAAUGUUAAUGAAACGGUCAUUUGUAUUUCCUAGAUCAGGAGCAAGAGUGAGUCUCUGUUGGCUGUUUUUUUCCCAUUUUUAAUAUUUUUUUAGGUCAGUUGUGUCUCCAUCUGCUUUGCUAGCUGCAGUGGAAUGAAAGCGUCUAGAUUCCAGCUGCACUGGCUUAAUUUAUACCUCUGCCUUACAGCUAAAGAGUCACACACACGCACGCACGCACGCACGCACGCACGCACGCACGCACGCACGCACGCACGCACGCACGCACGCACGCACGCACACACACACACACACACACACACACACUUCCCUCUGAAAGACACUAAUGCAAGACCUGGCAGUGCAGGUUAGGAUGCAAUGUCUACACGAACUGAAUGUGGCUUUUGUUUCUAUGUGAGUCAGUGGUUGGUGCUGCUGAGUCUGACUCUGUUACAGGGCUGUGGAAGAAAUUUGAAACAUUAUAUUUUGACUUACACCCCAUAACCUUGUCAACACACAGUCUGGGGUGUGUUGUUUUAUUCGCAGUAAUGCACUACAAAUCAUGAACACACAUUAAAGGUCUAGAGAACAUGAACUGAAACACACUGCAUGCACUGGGGCACAAUAGCACAUUAGAAGUUAUAAAAAAAAGACAAUAUUGUUCUUCCACAUUAAAGGUGCACAAUAUUUGGCAUAAAGCACAGAAAAUAGAUCAUAUUCAAGCUACUGCGGUAGACAAAGACUAACACACAGAUAGCUGCUAGCUUUGCAUUUUAUGCACGAUUCUUUUGAAUAUUAGCUGAGGCUACAGGUAGUAUAUGACAAGUGUGGCACAAACAUUGUCACUAUGUUGGAAAAAUGCUAUUCUACAAAAGUAUCUUGUUCUGAAAUGUUCCCUUUGUCCCAUACAAUGAAUCCCUGCUCUUGUAUAAGGUUGAAGUUGUGCCUCAAUUGACAGCACCACACAUUAAAUAUACUUAAAUCUG